AUUCAUGAAAGAAGAGUGAUAAUUAAAAUAAUAACAAACUCACCUAAUUGGAAUAUAAGCUCUCGUCUGAAAUAAAGAUCCAAUUCAGAAUAAGUCUUCUCACUUGAAAUCAGCUUUAGACAAAAUGUCACCACCCUGAAGAACCCUCCAAAACCGACAACUUCUGGUCGCUUUAAACAGAACCACAGACUACUUCACUAUUCAUUCACCUUUUAACCUAUCUCCCAUUUUUCGGCCAAACACUUCAAAUUCCAAGUACAAUUCUUCAACAAUGACAAACCUCCGAUUCACCAGCAACAACCCAAAACCAUCCCCAAAAAGCAGCAUGGAUUUCCCAACGAAACAAGACGCCAGCAUUGGUACCUGUUCCAGCAAAUUGUCAUUGUACGAUCAACCUGAAAACGACGAAUUGGAAGAGUACAUCGAGUUCAUGGAACAUUUAAUGACGAUCAGAGUAAAGCCGUGUGAAUCAAUAAAACCACGAAUCAUUAUCGAUCCACCGGACGACGGGGACAAAAAGAUGAAGCAACCGAUGCGUAAGAGCCUGUUCGCCCACGUUCCGCCGUUCAUUAUUUUCAAGAACCAGAAGAACAGCUCGAAAUUGCCAGCAGAGAUCACCAGGCACUUGUUAUGGUGGCGGCCAGGUAAUUACACCCCACGUAUCAUCGUGUCGACGGUGCUGAAAUCGGGAUUCAGAACGAGCAACAAGUCGACGAGUAAUUGGUGCGGCACCUGGUGUAGCAAUCACGCUUAUUCCAAACUGAAAAGUACCAAUGUGUUCUCCAAAGUGAGCUGUUUCCCUAGCUGCAUACAAUUGGGUGACAAGAUAUCGUUGUGGACGAAUUUUCGAAAGAUGAGGAGGAAGUUUGGUAGCAAGAAUUUUGAUUAUAUCCCUUUGACCUUCGUUCUACCGGAAGAGAGGAACGGUUUGAGGAAGUUUAUGAGAAGGAACGAUGGCGUUUGGAUCGUUAAGCCACCGGCAGCAUGCGCUGGACACGGGAUCAAGGUGGUAACCCGGUUGCAGGAGAUUCCUGAUCGUAAAUCUCUUGUUGCUCAACGUUAUAUCACCAGACCCCACCUCCUGGAUGGUAUCAAAUUCGACAUCCGCCUGUACGUCUUACUAACCAGCAUCGACCCCCUACGAAUCUACCUGUACAAAGAAGGUCUGGUUAGACUAGCAACGGUGAAAUACAUCCACGACGUGCGACAUCUAACCAAUAAAUUCAUGCACCUUACAAACACGAGUGUAAAUAAAUUCAGUCCCAAUUUUCAACCCAACGAUAGCCCAGACGAGUGCAAAGGUAACAUGUGGUCCUUGAAAUCCUUAUGGAACUACCUGUCCACUAUGGAAGGUGUGAACAUCCUGGAACUGUGGAACAAAAUCAAGGACUUAACAAUCAAAACCAUGAUAUCAGCCGAGGCUGCUUUGGUCAAUGCCUCGAAGAGGACGACACUGUCAUCCUACAAUUUCUAUCAGCUUUUUGGCUUCGACGUUCUUCUGGACGGACAGUACAGACCGUGGCUCCUAGAAGUAAACGAUUAUCCUUCCAUGGAGCCAGAUACUCCUCUCUGUAAAUUGGUAAAAGGACAGUUAGCCAAGGACUAUUUGAAUCUGGUCGGUUUUCACGUGCCUGAUCUGCUGAAUGGUAAGGAGUUGAAGAUCCUCAGGAUGAUCUGCAAGCAAAAUGGUGUCUGCUAUGAUCGACAGUUGUACUCUAAUUUGGUGUCGUGGAAGGACAGACGGAAACAGUACAUUCAUGAGAAGAUGAAUAACAGAAAGACGUACUUGAAGACGAUAUUGAAACGCCUCACCCCGGAUGACGUUAGGGUGCUGAUAAGACACGAGGAUGAGAUCACUCAGACAGGUGGUUUCGAGAAGAUCUUUCCUACCAGCGAGACCUAUAGGUAUUUAGGAUUUUUCGAAAAGGUAAGGUAUUAUAAUUUAUUACUAGAUGCAUGGGAAAAGGAAUACGGGCAGAAUAGAUCAGUAGGUAUUCAGAAAUUGAGGACACUUUGCAGGAGGAAGUAUCAUUUGUCUUAAAAACGAAACAGUAACAUUGUUGUCACUAAUAGUUCAUAAGAAGUAUAAAAAAUUUUGACUACUGUGAAUAUUUCUAUUUGUAACAUAGGUGCUUGAUUAUAAAUUUAUAAUAUCCGAAUAAAACGUUAAUUACCAUUUAAUAUAA